CUUACUUGUUCCUUUGCAACUAUGAAGUAUUGUGUCUAUCCUGUAGAGGACGUGCAUAAUUGCUUAAAUCAGCGGAGUCGGUUUCACCAAAAAUGGGAGCGUUGCUGGCAUCAAACCUUGCUACAGGAACUCGGAACUGCACAUAUGAAUCUCUUUCUUUCUGAAGGCGUUUUGCGAAACACGUUUAAACUUUUUUUGGAUAGCACGAUAUUGAGCAGAACGCGUUAAUGCUGAGUGUCUUAAAAAAACAGCAACAUUAAAAACAGUUUGACAUAAAAAUAGCCGAGUUAUUUCCUAACACUCGAAAGCAGUGAUCUACAACAAACUCAGAAUUCAAGCUUUUAUAAAACCAGUGAACGUUAGAAAGGGAUAAUAAGCAAAACGGGAAAAGGAUUUGAGCACAUUUGCCGGUAAAGGUUUCUGAGGGGGAAAUCAGCUGGUUCUUAGGAAAGCGAAAGUGAAAAUUAUUUCUCUAUACUGCUAGUGCUAUACUGUGCAGGGUCCCUUUUCAUUAAAAAAAACCCAAUUUUUUACUUUUAUCAGUGUACUCUUGCAAUUUGGUGAACGGAAAUGUCAUCAAUCUCAGAAAUAGACGAAAGUCUGUAUUCUCGGCAGCUGUAUGUGUUAGGACACGAGGCCAUGCUGCGCAUGAAGGAGGCUAAUGUGCUAAUCUCGGGGAUGAAGGGUCUAGGAGUGGAGAUUGCCAAGAAUGUCAUCCUGGCAGGAGUCAAGUCUGUCACUAUCCAGGAUGAGGGCAUCACUGAGUGGGCUGACCUGUCCUCGCAGUUCUAUCUGCGGGAGAGUGAUGUCGGUCAGAACCGGGCCCAGUCCUGUGAGAACCAGCUGUCAGAGCUCAAUUCCUAUGUCAGAGUGUCCUCCCAUAUAGGACCGCUCUCAGAGGACCUCCUGGCCCAGUUCCAGGUGGUGGUCCUCACCAAUUCCUGUUUGGAGGAACAGCUUCACAUUGGGAGUUUCUGUCACUCAAAUGGCAUUAAAUACAUUGUAGCAGAUACCAAAGGCCUGUGUGGACAGUUGUUCUGUGACUUUGGGGAGGAGUUUGAGGUGACAGAUCCUAAUGGGGAACCACCAGUUUCAGCCAUGGUUGUUCAUGUCUCUAAGGGCAACCCAGGAAUAGUGACCUGCAUGGAUGAGCAAAGACAUGGAUUCCAAGAUGGUGAUCGCGUGACGUUUUCCGAUGUCUGUGGCAUGACGGAGCUCAAUGGCCUCGGGCCAGUUGAGAUCAAAGUCUUGGGUCCUUACACAUUCAGCAUUUGCGAUACCUCAGGCUUCUCUGAGUAUGAGAGGGGAGGUGCUGCCACAGAGGUUAAAAAGACAAAGAAACUGAGCUUUAAACCCAUAAACGAAGCUCUAACUCAGCCUCAGAUCACUGCGACUGAUUUGGGAAAGUUGGAACGUCACCAGACACUGCACGUUGCUUUUCAGGCUCUCCACCGGUUCAUUAAAGAUUCAGGCAGACUGCCUAAACCAAGAGCACAGGGUGACGCAGAACGGUUGCUUGCAUUGGCAAAGGAGUUGAAUGCGGAUGUCCUGAAUGAGUUAGAUGAGCACGCCGUGCGCAAGCUGGCAUUCACAGCAGUGGGAGAUCUGAGUCCUGUCAAUGCCUUUAUUGGAGGUUUGGCAGCCCAGGAAGUCAUGAAGGCCUGCAGUGGAAAAUUUACCCCACUGUAUCAAUGGUUGUACUUCGAUGCUUUUGAGUGCCUGCCGGAGGAGGACGAGGAGUUGAUUCUGACAGAGGACACCUGUGCCCCUCGGGCCUGUCGUUAUGAUGGACAGAUCGCUGUGUUCGGUUCUGCUUUCCAGGAAAAGCUUGCCCAGCAGCGCUACUUUUUGGUGGGAGCGGGUGCCAUUGGUUGUGAGCUAUUGAAAAGCUUUGCCCUGAUUGGCCUGGCAGCUGGAAAGGGCGGGCACAUCACUGUGACUGAUAUGGAUUCCAUUGAGAGGUCCAAUCUGAACCGACAGUUCCUGUUUAGGACUGAAGACAUUAUGAAAUCCAAAUCGGAAACAGCCAUCCAAGUGAUCAGGAGAAUGAAUCCUGCUCUCCACAUCACGGCCCAUCAGAACCGAGUAGGUCCGGAGAGCGAGCAGGUCUACGGACAUGAGUUCUUUUCCCAACUCGAUGGUGUUGCUGCUGCUCUGGACAACAUUGAAGCCCGAGUGUACGUUGAUGGGCGUUGUGUUCAAUACCAGAAGCCCCUUCUGGAAGGAGGAACUCUAGGUGCCAAGGGGCACACCCAGGUCAUUGUGCCCUUUCUGACAGAACCUUAUGGACCAGCUAAAAGUGGGUCCCAGAACUCAUUCCAAUUGUGCACACUCAAGAACUUCCCAUAUCGAAUUGAACACACCCUUCAGUGGGCCAGAGACCAGUUUGAAGGGCUUUUCAAGCAGCCAGCAGAAAAUGUUAACCAGUAUCUUAGUGACCCUGGCUUUCUGCAACGAACUCUGAAGCUGGGGGACACAGAGGCUCUGGAGAUUUUGGAGGGAGUGUACAACAGCAUUGGGGAGCAGCGCCCACAAUGCUGGGAGGACUGUGUGAGCUGGGCCCGGCGGCACUGGGAGAGUCUCUAUAAUAAUGCCAUUCUCCAGAUGCUGCACUGUUUUCCUCCAAAUGAGAAAACAAGCUCUGGUCUGCCCUUCUGGUCAGGACCUAAAAGAUGUCCUCAUUCCUUGACCUUUGACCCCAACAAUACCACCCAUAUGGACUAUAUUGUAGCUGCAGCAAAUCUCUAUGCUCAUACCUAUCGUAUUGAUGGUACCAGAGAUAGAAAUGCCAUUCUGAAGAUCCUCCAUACAGUCAGAGUGCCAGACUUUUCUCCCAAAUCCAAUGUGAAAAUCCACCUUACUGAUCAAGAGAUGGAAGAGGACAAGGGGACAGUGGACAAAAUCAAGCUGGAUGAGCUGAGCGAGAAGCUGGCAUCCCCAGAGACAUUUAGUGCUUCCAAGAUGUUCCCAGUGGAAUUUGAAAAGGAUGACGACACUAAUUUCCACAUGGAUUUCAUUGUUGCUGCAUCCAACUUGAGAGCUGAGAACUAUGACAUCCCCCCAGCGGACCGCCACAAGAGCAAGCUGAUUGCUGGACGGAUCAUCCCUGCUAUUGCUACGACCACGGCUGCUGUGGUGGGCUUGAUGUGCCUGGAACUGUACAAGAUUGUCCAGGGCCACAAAAAGAUACGCUCCUACCGCAAUGGUUUUGUGAACCUGGCUGUCCCGUUCUGCGUUCUGUCCGAGCCUUUGAGAUCACAGGCAUUCACGCUUGCAAAGAAGGACUACACUGUCUGGGAUCACUUCCCAGUUCAGGGCAAGAAGAAUGGCCAGGAGGAAAUGACCUUAGAGGAGCUCAUUGCAGUCUUCAAGUGUGAAUAUAACCUGGAGAUAAUUGCCUUAUUCUAUGAAAAUGCACUUCUCUAUUCUAAGGAUAAUGAGUCGCAUAAAGAAAAGCUCAAACAGAGAGUGUCUGAUGUUGUGAGGAAGGUCUUCAAGAACGGGAUUCCUCAUCAUCAGCAGGUGCUGGUGCUGUAUGCUGACUUUGCUGAAGACAAUGCAAGUCAAGAAGUUCCACCCAUACGGUACCAAUUCAGAUGAUUCACAUUUAAACAUUCUGGCAUCUGAGGAGUAGCUACAUAGAACUGGGGGUGUACACAGCCAAGAAUCUAUUCUUUUUAUCUUAUUAAGGGUUUGAAUCAAGAAAAUGCAUCUAAAGCUUAUUUCUGAAGCUUCAAUGUUUAGCCUAAUUUUGAGGUUGUUAUUAAUCUGUGCUACUGUACCUUGCAAAGCUUUUUGACUUUCCUGAGUCAUGUCUUGUUAAAUCACUGUAUUACAUGGAACUUAAAACAAAUUGUAGUUUGAUGUCACUGCUUCUGAUAUAAUGCUGUGUGAUUUUUGUAUAACAUGAGUUAUUGAAGUUUGCCAAUGUAAAAUCUAAUUAAAUGUUCAGAGCAUUGAA